ACAUUAAAAAUUAAAAUGUGCAAAUAAAAUAUUUUUAAGGGUUGUCACUAUUUUAAUUAUCGCCAUCUAGUGGUGAUCACAUGAGGAAUUGCUAAAUUGAACACGUGAUAUUUUGGGUAGUCGAAGAACAUGAUGAUGGAGAAAUUGUUUGCUGAUGCGGAAUGGAAAUUAUUGUUCCAGGGAGCCGAGUCACGUGUUUUUGAGGGUAACUAUCAAUCACAACGAGCCAUUCUUAAGGAACGUUUUCCAAAACGAUAUCGACUGGUCGAACUUGACGAAAAGCUGACCAAGGAAAGAAUUCGUGCUGAAAUUAAAGCUUACACCAAACUAUCGGCCAAAUGUGAUCCAGAUCUAUCGAAUGUGUUGCCUUCAGUUCUCUUUUCGGAUAAUCGUCAUAUAAUUCUCACUCGAAUCGAUAAUGCCUGCACGCUCAACUUGUACAUCAGUGAACGUCAACAGCAAUCCGAAUCGAUUGAACGAGUAUUGAUUACAUUGGCUAAAUUGAUUGCCAACAUACAUUCGAUCGGGUUAAUACAUGGAGAUCUCACCACAUCCAACUUUAUGGUCAUCGACAGCCAGCCACCACAACCUAAACAUCAAAGCUUAACCAUAGUUCCCAUCGAUUUUGGCCUUUCAUAUUCAUCCAAAACGGACGAAGAUCGAGCUGUCGAUCUUUACGUGUUGGAACGAGCUAUCCAGAGUACACAUCCAAACGUCGAUAUUAAUAUCUUUUUACGAGAAUACCAAACCCAAAUGGGUACCGACAAAAUUAACAAACGCUUAGAUCAAGUUCGGUUACGUGGUCGUAAACGUUCAAUGAUAGGUUAAAUAAAUAAAUGAAAUAGAUGAUAUUUCCAUCCAUCUCUGUACACAUGUUCAUUAUGAUAAACAAUAGACAAAGCCAAAGAGGACCAAAUAGCGCACCUUCCAC